GAGGGGGGGCUCUUUCUUAAGGAGCAGCACUCGGCCUCCCCACAUCUUUCCCUCCAACCUCUCUCCUUCUCUUUCUCCCUCUGGCUCUCUCCAGUUUUUCUCCUCUCCUCCUCCCCGCUCUCAAUGCUGGUGAAAGAUCUCUCCCUCGAAACAUGAAGGUCCUCAGCUGGGUACGGCUCGCCCUCAGCCAGUGGCUUGUGCGAGAGGUUGUAUGUGCCGAGGGCCAUGUAACCAAGACCCUGAACUAUCUUGAAAUGAGUCCUUCGAGUGUCUUGAAGACUGGACCAUAUGGUAGCUCUUUCAAACCCCACCCACUCAGCCCUGGCCGGAUAUUUUCCAAUGAGCCAUCCAAAGCCAAGCUGGACCCUUUUGGUGGUGCACUAAGUCCAUGGGACUGGACCAAGAAUCAGACAGCCAUGGAGCACUUCAAUCAGCGAGCCAAAAGGAAGCCCUCAAUGAAGGCAGGUCGUACCAAGAAAAUCUUUGGAUGGGGGGACUUUUAUUUCAACAUCAAGACCUUGAAGUUUAGCCUCCUUGUGACAGGCAAGAUUGUGGAUCACAUUAAUGGUACCUUCAGUGUCUAUUUCCGACACAACUCCUCCAGCCUGGGCAAUGUUUCAGUAAGCAUUGUGCCACCCACCAAAGUUGUAGAAUUUGAUGUCUUGGUUCCUCCUAUCCCCACCCAACAUCUCCAUCCCCAGCAGUCCACUUUAGCUGAGCCGAAGGAAUCUAAGACCUUCAAUUGUCAUGUGGAGUAUGAGAAGACCAACCGGGCACGCAAGAAUAAGCCCUGCCUGUACGAUCCAUCCAAGAUCUGUUUCACUGAGCAUACACAGAGCCAUGCAGCCUGGCUCUGUGCUAAACCGUUCAAGGUCAUCUGCAUCUUCAUCUCAUUCUUCAGCAUUGAUUACAAGCUGGUUCAGAAAGUCUGUCCAGACUAUAACUUCCAGAACGAGAAUCCUUACUUUGGCUGAUGAGUGGACUGGGCCUUGGAGGGAUGGGGAUGUGGGGAUGAAAUAAGUUGUGAUUUUUAUCCAGCAGAGAGUGAGAACUUUGGAUGACUGGGAAAGAAAAAUAUGAACUCCCAACCAUGCUUGAUAGGACAAGAACAGCUGGUUUGGUUUAGGAACUGGAUGUUGUUCCAUCAGACACUCCACUUCCAGUAGCCAGUGAAUUUUCCCAGGACGUUAGGAAGAUGAAGAGUGGCCAGAGGGACAAUAUUGUUUUCACAACUCAUUCUUCCCCUUUCUGAUGCCAUUUGUGAGCAUCUCGUGGGGAUUCCCUGCAAGAUAAAGAAAUAGCUUGCCGUGGCUGUAUCUCUUUUGUGCAUACAUAAUCCCUGCUGCUUUGGUGGGGUUCUUACACUGACUACAUGUUCACAUCCCUAAGGAUCAUACCUCCCAGAUGGAAUGUGAAGGUUCAAGUAGCAGUGACAGAUAUCUCUCUUCCUCAGGCUAUAUCAUACAUCAUCCAGCUGGAAUUCUCGUAGGCCUAACUGAGGGUGGGGGAAUAGAAUAUUAACCAAGUGCACUAAUUCAAGUCUCAUCGGAUAACUUAGAAGAGCAAAUGUCAGCAGGGUUGAGGGACACUUGUCUAAGGUGGGAAAUUCAGCUGCCUGAACUUUCCUGUUCCAAUAAGGAGAGAUGAAAGGGGGAGGUAGCAUCGUAUAAAAUCUAGGAAUAUGUGGCAAGUGGAAUUAAAGUAAAGAGGGUACUUGGGAUGUGAGUGAGAUCAUGGCAUAUGGCACA